AUGUCAUAUUCGAGAGAGUAUCUUCAAGAGGAAUGGUACGAUGAUGUUCUGCCUCUUGAUCAAACGCUCCGUUUGCUGCUUAAAGUCGAGAAGUACCGUCUCAACAUAUCAAAAGCCAUUGAACAUCCGCACACAUACAAAAUGUGCUACAAAUCCUGCGACGUCACCCUUCUCGAGGAGGGCCCCGAAACCCCCGUACUCAUGAUUUCUAUAGUAAUCUUGAGCGGGCCUGACUAA